AUGGAAUCCAACUUGGAGAAACUCGAAGAAGACCUUCUUCAAAUCAACAAGAACACCAGAACUCUCCAGACCAACCAUAUUCAAUUGCUUGAGAUGAAAGCUGGCUUGAAGCAUGUUACGUUUUUGAUGGACCAUCAGAGCAAGAGCGAAGCAGCAAUGUCCAUCUCCGAAGCUGCUCGCGGAGAGGCUGGGCCAUUUAGUGUCGGAUUGAAGCAAGAGUUUGAUAAGCCAGUCAGAGAUGACAAUGAGCUUAAGUAA